ACUGCCCUGUUGGCUGGUUUGGAUCUCGGUGUAAAUACAAAUGUCGAUGUGUGAACGACACGUGUAGCAACAAUGGCCAGUGCAUAAGCCCUUACACGUGUCAGGGUGGAUGGUUCGGCCCCGAAUGCCAAUAUGGCAACACCUCAGUUCUGACAGAUGGCAACGACAAUACAUGUGCUGCUGCCUCAGCCCCUGCUACGGUGACCAUCAUGACUGGCAAGCCCCUUGCUUUCACCUGGCUCAGGCUCCGUGUCCGCAAUCCGGAUCUGUCACUGACAUUCUUGAACUCGACGGAGGUCAACUGUGCCAACUUGAAGAAAGUAUAUGUGGACAGUACAACCAUGGACAUACACUGCAACAUUACCCAGUUGAUCAUGAACGUGACCAUAAAUGGUGCAGCCGUUACCAGUCUGUGCUCAGUCUAUAUCAGCGGGGGUCGCAAUGUGGCGCUGAAAGAGAGGGCUGCGCAAGAUACGACGUUUUCAGAACAAUUGAAUGGCGUACAGUUCAACUACACAGCUGACCUGGCAGUGGACGGUAAUAACCGACAAAGCCUCACCAGGGAUAAGACUUGCAGCCACUCAUCAGGGACACAAACGUGGACUUUGACUUUGUCACAGCCACGUUUGGUGCACAGGUACAAACUCUACAAUAGGGGAGACGGUAAGUAUGUGAUUUAUUGA